CGACAGACAUAACCUGACACGAGGAGUGUCGCCGACCGAAUGUCAUAAUGGCUAAUUUUUUCCAUCAAAAUUUUUGAACAAACUGGGCAAUACUACAAUUCAAAGCUCGUUUAAUAUAUUAGAGCAUAAUUAAGAUAUUUGGAACUCGGACGGCGUUUGAGUUGGUGGGGUUUACAUAAUUUUCACAAAAUGGGCAUUCCAAUAUAUGUUGAAGAUGAGAUCGGCAAGAAAUGGGAUAGAUGUAUAACAGAUGGUUUACUUAAAUUUUCGUCUGGCUUGCUAAUAGGUGGGUUGUUCUCAGUACUCUUUUUUAAAAAGAAAAGGUGGCCACUUCUUAUGGGUUCUGGAUUUGGUGUUGGAAUGGCUUACUCAAACUGUGAGAAAGAUCUAAAUGCCACUGUAACAGCCGCUGAGAAAUGUCUAUAGACCAUUAAGUGUAGUGAAAAAGUAGUAAAUAAUUUAUCAUAAAUUAUUUAAAUCCACCUGUAGCAGUGGUUUUGUUGAGUUCAGAUAAUAAACACUCUUUUUAUCUA